AUGCACAGAAUCUCUAUCAACCAUUACAAUAUCUACAUAUAUGUUUAUAAUCCAACAAAUUCAAAUUGUCUAUGGUGGUUUUCUGAUGAAUUUCACAAUCAUGAUCUAAAUAAAAAAUCAACUUUAAAUAAUAAAGUGGAAAGCAAGGAUGAUGAAAAUUUAAAAGAUAGGACCACUUCAUUAUCAAGUAAUCUACCUGAUAAUACUUCACUUGAUGGUGGAUGGUGUGCAGGACAUAACUGUUGCAAGAGCUCAACAAAAUAUGGAUUCUAUAUUGAGGAAAAAGGAAUACCAGCACAUACAAAAAGCUUUUAUCAAGGACCUAUUAAUGGAAUGCUCCCUUUCUCUGGAAUGAAGAAAAAAACCAUUUUAUCAGAUCUUGUUAAAUCAUUCUGUGACUUGAAUAAUUUUAAAUUGCCAAGUGACCCAAAAGUUUUAGAAACUAUUCUUCUCCAACCAUUUUGUGUAAAGAUCCCUAUUGAAUCUGAAGUAUAUAAGCAAUGGAAAAGGGAAAUAAUUGACAUUGAUAUUGACAAUUAUUUUGUUAAUGGUGAUCUAUCAGGUUCUACAGCAGCUGAAUUUAGUGCAGAGUGUGUGCAUGCUCUUUCUAGAAGAAUUUCUAGAAGAAUGGAUAAUAUUGUUAUCAAUAUUUGGGAAACUUUAAAGACAUAUCAAUCUUUAGCUAUUGACAUUAACCGAAAUGUUAAAGAUCCAUCAGGGAUUACAAUUGAUUCUUUACAACCAGAUGUACUUGUAUGGGUUCAAGAUGCAUUGGUUUUCAAAGCAGAAGAAAAGAGGAUGGAUUGGAAUUUGGCAUCAUGUAGAAAUCUUCCUUAUCUUCUCUCAUAUGGUGCAGUAAAGGAAAAUCUUCAGUUCUUUGCCAUUACUAAAGAUUCCAAUUUGAUGUCAAUUUCACCUCGCUAUAAUAUUUCUACAUUUGCUGGUGGUUUUAAGGUUUUAAUAUCAACUCUAAACAUGUUUAAAUGUUUUCUUGCUGCAGCAACCCUACUUCCAGAAGUUCCAUUUCCCUUCUUAAAAACUUUUGAUAGACAAAGUGGUGCAUCUAUUACAUUUGUCUCAAGUGAUCAUAUCCAAAAAAAAAUAAAGAAUUUUGAAGAUUAUAUUUACAGUGACAUAGAAACUUUACAAGAAGUUUAUAAAAUAAUUGAAUCAUGUGAAUAUACUGUAAAAGCAUUUUCAAUGCCAGAAGUGCUAGUGAAGAAAUAUAUUCAAGAAUUAAAAACUGCAAUAUAUCAAAUACUUAAAGUCCUUGAGAUUGUUCAUGAUUCAGGUUAUGUACAUCGAGAUUUGCAUUGGGAAAAUAUUUGGAAAGAUAGCCAUGGAAGGUUCAUUGUUGGUGACUGGGAACAUUCUGGAAGGUUGGACAAUAUUCCAAAAUUUGUUAUUCAAUGGUGGGCACCAGAAUUACAUAAUACACCCACACCACCAUACACAGACAAAGCAGAUAUAUAUCUUGUUGGAAAUUUGCUAAAUACAUUGGAUGUAUUAUUAUCAAAUGAAGCAGUAGCAUUCCAUUCACUUUUGAUGAAAAAUAACCCAAAUGAACGUCCCUCUGCUGUAAAUGCUUUGCAGCAUCAGUGGUUUAAUAAG